AUGCGCUUCUCGACUCCUUUGGUUGCCGCGGCUGGACUUUUUUCGACCGCAAAUGCGGCGAUCAAAGGUUUCAACUAUGGUGCAAACUUUAAUGAUGGCCGGGCGAAGACUCUGGUCGACUUUGAGUACGAAUUCAAUGCCGCGAAGAGCCUACCCGGCACCAACGGAUGGACCUCGGCGCGUCUCUAUACAAUGGUCCAGCAUGGAACGACAAAUACACCCAUUGAGGCCAUCCAGGCUGCCAUAAACACCAAGACUACUCUACUACUUGGAUUAUGGGCUUCUGCCGGCCAAGCCAGCUUCGACAAUGAGAUUGCUGCUCUGAAAGGCGCCAUCGCGCAGUAUGGCACUUCAUUCAGUGACCUCGUCGAUGGCAUAUCGGUCGGAAGUGAGGACCUGUACCGCAUCACACCCACAGGGAUUGAGAACAAGUCGGAUCCUGGCGCUCAGCCCCAGGAGUUGAUCAAAUACGUCCAGCAGCUUCGCAACGCCAUCAGUGGCACCCCGCUCCAGGGUAAGCCUGUUGGACACGUGGACACGUGGACAGUGUAUGUCAAUGCUACCAACAAGGACUUCAUCUCGUCCCUCGACUUCAUCGGAAUGGAUGCGUACCCUUACUUCCAGACUACCAUGAAUAACAAUGUCGGGAGUGGUAGCCAGCUUUUCUUCGAUGCCUAUCACCAGACUGUGAAUGCUGCCCAGGGCAAGCCUGUCUGGGUCACCGAGACUGGAUGGCCCGUCAGCGGCAAAACCCUUAACCAGGCUGUUCCGAGUGCGGCCAAUGCUCGUAUUUACUGGGAGGAUGUGACUUGCCAGCUCAUCAAGGAUGGCGUGAACCUAUACUACUUCACCCUCCAGGACGUCCAAUACGGAAACCCUGACCCCAGCUUUGGUAUCAAGCCGGCUGGCGACCUCAUGGCUGUCAACCCUCUGUUCGACCUGUCGUGCCCGACAGGCUCGAAGCCUGCCGACCCGUCGAAAGUCGUAGGCAACGGCUAUAGCGCACUGCUAUCACCGAUCGCCUCCACGGUUUUCGUCUACGACGUUCGUCCUGAGUUCCAAGACAAGGUCUGCAAUCUUGUCUUCUUCAUGCCGCCUGCAGCACCUUUCGAUCUCUCUCCAGCCAAGAUUCGGUCGCCUGGCGGCAUCAUCGUGUCACACCUCAAUGGUAGGGUUGCUUCGCUGGAUGUCAGCGCCAAUAAUGUUGGUAGUUCAACACCCGUUGGCACAGUGCCGUCAAUCCGGCCAGACAACCAAUACGCUGUGAGCAGCAUGCCGUGCGAAGGGGGACAAAGGGUGGCGUAUCAGAUUGAUUCGACAGGAGGCUUGGUUAUGGAUUUCUUCCAGAUGACCUCACCACCGCUAGGCCUUUUCAUGAUUCCCAUGUAG